AUGGCGGUGGCGUGGCUGCGGUGGCUGGUCCGGCCCGAGGAGCGGCAGAGGGGCUUUGCGGCGUUAUGCGAGUUUGUCGCGCACGAGAAUGGGCUCUCGCGCGAGGAGCACAUUGCCCGCGACGACGCCGGGCCGUUCAGCCUGGCAAAGGCGGCGUGCGACGCGCUGGUCGGGCCCGUGGGUGAGCUCGUGGCGGACGGCAAGAUGGCCGCGCUGCAGGACCCGGCGGCCGAGGGGUGCCAGGUUUGCUUGCGCGAGGUGCGCUCCUGCCGCGAGUGGGCGCAGCUGCACCCGUGUCGGCACUGGCUGUGCGCACGCUGCGUGGAUGAUUGGGUUGCAAAGGUGGACGGGGAGCGCAGCCGGCCGCAGAGCGGCCGUGACGGUGCGUUGGCCUCCUUGGAGGUGUGCCCGUUGUGCCGCGAGCCGGUUGUGACGAGGAGGCGGGGGCCACUGAACUGGAAGGGGCUGUCUCCCGAGGCGCUAUUAAUGAAUUUUGGAAUGUGA